AUGUUUUGCUUACGGAGCUGGCUUCCCCUCCUCUUCAUCCCGACAAACGCCUCGCCGGCAUUCAUCGUUCUCUUCUUCCUCUGCACUUACUUCCUCAACCGGCCGUGUGUCUACUGUUCGGUGCUGCUCCUGAUAUUGUUCGUCACAUCAUGCUACUGGUCCGACCGGUGCUUCUUCGACUUCAGUGGUAACUGGUUCGCGCCCCGGCCAUCGACAUCAUACUACUCGAGCAAUACAUCGAUGACAGAACCUGCGGUGGACAGUUUCAACGCCACUGCUGUCGAGAUGCUGAACACAACUGCAAAUGCUUUGGCAGGCGCGGCAGCUGACGAGCUGGCGCGCAGGAAAGCGGAAUGGACUGGGUUGGGUAUUGAGUGGUUGAGGAGCCUCCUAGGACGGCGGGAGUGGAGGAUCGAGUGCAUGGAUCUCAACAUACGCCUCUGA